AUGCCCUGUACCAACUGUGCAGCUUUUGGAUGUGAGUGCCGUAUUCCUGAAGUGCGGAUGAAGAAGGGCCAAAGAGCAUCUAAAAAGCAGAAAACCGAGGAUGGCGAACAGGCUGCUCCUGGUAUCAGCGGCGGUAUCGCUGCUGGACUAAAGGCACAGGCAGCAUUUGCCAGAGGAAAGCUGACACCCAAUUCCAAAGUAUCGGCCAGGUCGGCCAUUACUGAAGAGUUACGAGAAGCUGGGGACGGCAAAAGCGGGUUUACCAGGUCUAUUUUGUCCGGAAAGGACAAUUGGAAGCAGUUUUUGGAUCAGAAUCUCCGACAACCUGGAAAAAUGUCAUAUUUGGGUUCGACUUCACAUGUGAAUUUGAUUUUCGACAACAUUCCUGACUCGGAAGCAUUCUAUUUUGCAGCUGCCGCAGCUGCGGGUGCAAGUAACUCGAGAGUCCAGCAAAUGGAUAGAGAAGAAAUCGAGAUUCUGAAAAUCAAGGGUGCUUUCUUGUUACCAGCCCAAGAAUUAUGUGAUGAUCUUGUAGAGAGCUAUUUCGAGAAAAUCCACCCUCUGAUUCCCAUUAUCAAUAGAACACAGUUUAUGAGACAGUACAACGAUCCAGCGAAUCCACCCUCGCUGCUUCUAAGACAGGCUGUACUUGUUGCAGGAUCAAGAGUGUGUCAGAACCCAGCACUAAUGGAUGAGUCUGGAUCAUCAAAACUGGCUACCGCUACAUUCUAUAAGCGCGCCAAGGCCCUAUUUGAUGCUAAUUAUGAAACAGAUCGAAUUGCGAUUGUUCAAAGUACACUGCUGAUGGCAUGGUUCUUGGCAGGCCCUGACUAUGUUACUGACAAUGUGUACUUUUGGACGCGAGUGUCACUUACCAUUGCCCAGAGUAUUGGUUUACAUCGAAGUGUCGAGAAAUCCAAUGUUCCUGAUAUAGAGAAGAGAAUGUGCAAACGUAUUUGGUGGUCACUGUUUGCAAGAGACAGAUCCACUGCUUGUGCUAUGGGCCGUCCUGUAAUGAUUAAUCUGGACGACUCAGACGUACCUAUGAUCGAAUUAGAGGACUUUGAUGAGAGUGAACCUGAUAAGCCAUCUCCAUACCCUAUCAACCGAGAACACGCGUUGUAUUUCAUUGCUCAUGUCAAGCUUUCCGAGAUCAUGGGUCUUACCAUUCGUGAACAAUACUCUAUUGGAGCAGAAAGCUCUCGUCGCCAGAACAAGGUACCUAAUGUUAAUCAAUGUGACAUGGCAAUGGCUGCCUGGAUGAACAAUCUGCCACCAGAGUUGAAGUAUUCUCUGAAGGAUAAAAGAAGCCACGAUUUUUUCAAGGCUCUAUUGCACUCUCAGUAUUAUACCGUGUUGUGUCUGGUGCAUCGGUCGAAUAUUCUGUAUAGAAGAACACCCAACGCCAAUGGAUCAAAGAUCCCUUCGUAUCCAUCUUGGGGUAUUGCCUUCCAAGCUGCGCAUAUGAUUGUGAGAAUUGCAGAAAAUCUCAAGUCGUUCAACGAGCUUCCUUUCUGCCCGGCGUUUAUGGUGUACUCUUUGUUCUCUGCCAUGAUUAUCUUGAUUUAUCAGAUGGAAUCUCCAUCGAAGUCAGUGGUUGAGAGUGCUAAGCGAGGGGUUGAAUCGUGUCACGGAAUCCUUGAGAUUCUUGGCCAGGUCUGGGAUACUGCAGACCAAAUUUGCAAGAUGGCUCGAUAUCUUAAUAGUGAUCCUAUGUUGAGACAAAAGAUCAUCUUCUCGGCCAAGCGUCUUGCUGCUGCCACCAGCUCAGAAGAAGGUACGGAGAAUCCGUCUGCCGUUAAUUCACCAGGACCUAGCGGUGUAGAUAGCGGUUUACCAACUGCCGACUCAUCACGACCAGGAUCGGCACCAUUGAAACGAUCAUAUGAGGAAGAGUACGACCCGAAUAAGAUUCCUGAGGUUACAAGUCCAAACGUGUCGUACGUACGUGGAAACCAGCCACAACCACAGCCGCAAGCACAGAGACCAGCUCAUAUCCCUGGUAUGACUCCAUUGCAACCCAACUACCAAGCUACUCACCUCGGCCAGGCCGUACCUCCAAAUAUGGACUUCCCUUCUGAAUUAUUCCUUGUAACAAACACACCACCCAACCCGGUGUUCUUCGAAAACUUCCAGCCAUCGCAACUGUUCCCAGAGAGUGUGCGAUCGAACAGUGUUGGCCAGCAGUCGUCGCCAGAAAUGACUUCUGACAGAGGGGCUAACAUGCUUCCUGACGCUCUGUUUGCUUCUCACGAGUCGUUUGGUGACGUUUUCUAUGAGAAUUUCAACUCGCCACCUGAAGAUGUUGGCACUGUCCCCAACACUCUCAACCUUGGUGACUGGUACAAGUUCCUCAUGUCGACCAGUACUGCUAGUCACUUCCCCGAUUUGCGUAAUGUCCCCGUCAAGUCCGAUGUCUAA